AUGCAGAAAACAAUCUCUUUCUCCUGCGUAUCCUCUUGCGGCAGUGAGAGUGGCUGCUUAGAAGCUGGUGAAGUUGAUCACCCAGAUUCCAUCUCCCUCUCCCUUGCCCCUCCUGGCCAACCCAAAUCCAAACACCCAAACCCAGACCCAAACCACUCGGAUCAUGAUCACCACAUAGUAAACCCUACCUCUCAUGCCCAUAGUGCUGUAACCGUUGCUCUUCACAUUGGCCUUCCCACCACUGCUACCACACCUUCUUCCAUUCCCAAUAUUCAGCCUCAAUAUUGGAUCCCUACUCCUCAACAAAUCCUUAUUGGACCCACCCAGUUUUCUUGCACAGUCUGUAACAAAACCUUCAACCGUUUCAAUAACAUGCAGAUGCACAUGUGGGGACAUGGAUCGCAGUACAGGAAAGGACCUGAGUCAUUGAGAGGGUCAAAGCCAGCUUCUUCGGUGCUGGGGCUUCCUUGCUAUUGCUGUGCAGAGGGUUGCAAGAACAACAUAAACUAUCCAAGGGCAAGACCGCUGAAGGAUUUCAGGACCCUUCAGACACACUACAAGAGGAAGCACGGAGGGAAGUCAUUCGAGUGCAGAAAGUGUCUUAAGCCAUUUGCAGUGAGAGGAGAUUGGAGGACACACGAGAAGAAUUGUGGGAAGCUUUGGUUCUGUGUCUGUGGUUCUGAUUUCAAGCACAAGAGGUCCCUUAAAGAUCAUGUCCGUGCUUUCGGCAGUGGCCACGCUCCACACACCUUGGAGUCCUUGAUUUGUGAUAGAGAAAGAGGUCAUGAAGACUACGUGGAGGAAGAAGAAGAAGACGGUGGAGAUGAUAACAGUGAAGUAGUUGCUGUUACUUUUUCAAAUAACACAAUGUAA